GAGAGCCCAAUCCACUAUUCCAUCCGUCUUUGGAAGAGAGGAACACUUCACCAGCCUUUUUACACAGGAUCCCUACCUUUCUCGAUGACCCCACUUCCUCCAGUGGUGGGCGCUGGGUUUACUCCCAGCAGUUUUUACUCAACAGCUGACCAGUUUUCCAGAAACCACUUUUUAUUUUGGUCAACGUAGUAACUCUUAGGAAACCGCAACUCAGGUGAUCCAAAUCACACAGACCGGCCUAUUCUUUCCCCUACUGGCUGCCUAUGCAGUCGGGUCGACCUCGAGAACUGGCCCCAGCCAAAAGCGGCACCUCCUGGUCUGCCAGUCCCUUCCUGCCUUAGGCAGCUCCUCCCAGAAGCCUUUUUGUAGGGCCAACUGCCUUCCCUCAGUAAGGUAGGGCCUUUGGAUCCAAGGUUGCAGUUUAAAGACCACCCCGGCUUUGUUGAGGAAUAAAGUUUUAAAUACUGCUCCAGGCGGAUAACACCAGGGCUCAGCUGCAGGAAUGAAAAAGUGGGGUGGGAGGCCCUGUGCCAUGUCCAGACUAAAAAUGUUCUACGAGUCUCUUAACGCUCCAUCUCCGUGCCCCCUUACCCACCAGGGCCCACGGAGGUCUGAAGCUUUCGGCCUCAGUGAGCGGACUGGGUGCGCUCACGACCUGGAGGGCGAGAUGAGAUGUUCCUCGGUGUGAAGUGGCCGUGACUACCCCAGCACUUUGCGUUCCACGCGCGGGAGACGAAACAGGCUCUCGAGGGGAGAGAGCCGUGCGUCCUCUGGGCCGUGAGGCCGGGGGAAGAGGGUUCCUCUAGACGGCUCGACGUGCCCGGGAAAGACACCCGCGCUGAACCUGCAGGCUGGGGCGCUCCACCAGCGCGAACCUCUGACCCUGCACUUGCCGCAGCUCUGGUCCCGUGGUAGGCGGGAUGGGCGGGCCGGCAAAUCCGCGGCUCCUGCGUCUAUUGGCCUGCUCGGGGCAGCGCAGCUCCGCAUUGGUCAGGCCCUCGCUCCGCCCGGCUUCCGCGCGCCCAUUGGUCGCAGGCUCCCGACCGGGUCGCGGCCGCGCGCUCCGCCCGUCGCUGCGUCCCCACUAUGGCGGCGCCCAUGCAGCCCACCGCGUCGUGGGCGCCCGCUGGGGUCCCCCGCGGCUGUCGCCGCCGCCUCCGCCGCCGCCUCCGCCUUCCUGCCCCGCGUCGGGCCGGGCGCCACCUUUCCCCUGCCUCCCUCUCCGCUGUGGUCAUUUAAGAAAUCAUAAAUCAUGUGAAGAUGGGACUCUUGGUAUUUGUGCGCAAUCUGCUGCUAGCCCUCUGCCUCUUUCUGGUACUGGGAUUUUUGUAUUAUUCUGCAUGGAAGCUACACUUACUCCAGUGGGAGGAGGACUCCAGUAAGUAUAGUCACUCUAGCUCAUCCCAGGAGAAGCAUGUUUCAGAUUCAGUGGUUCUUUCCUUUGACUCCGCUGGACAAGCACUAGGCUCAGAGUAUGAUCGGUUGGGCUUCCUCCUGAAUCUGGACUCUAAACUGCCUGCUGAAUUAGCCACCAAGUACGCAAACUUUUCAGAGGGAGCUUGCAAGCCUGGCUAUGCUUCAGCCUUGAUGACGGCCAUCUUCCCCCGGUUCUCCAAGCCAGCACCCAUGUUCCUGGAUGACUCCUUUCGCAAGUGGGCUAGAAUCCGGGAGUUUGUGCCGCCUUUUGGGAUCAAAGGUCAAGACAAUCUGAUCAAAGCCAUCUUGUCAGCCACCAAAGAGUACCGCCUGACCCCUGCCUUGGACAGCCUCCGCUGCCGCCGCUGCAUCAUCGUGGGCAAUGGAGGCGUUCUUGCCAACAAGUCUCUGGGGUCACGAAUUGACGACUAUGACAUUGUGGUGAGACUGAACUCAGCACCAGUGAAAGGCUUUGAGAAGGAUGUGGGCAGCAAAACGACACUGCGCAUCACCUACCCCGAGGGCGCCAUGCAGCGGCCUGAGCAGUACGAGCGCGAUUCUCUCUUUGUCCUCGCCGGCUUCAAGUGGCAGGACUUUAAGUGGUUGAAAUAUAUCGUCUAUAAGGAGAGAGUGCUCUUUCCCAAGCAAGGCCAAGUACAGGCAGUGUCAAGUAGGUAGCAAGCAAGAGAGAAGACAGAAGUCAGGUCCAGAAAUUCAGGUAGGUGGGACAGUGGGGAAGGGGAAUCCAUUUCAGAACCAGACUGGAUGAGGCACCCGGGCUCCACAGUGUCCAGUCCGCCUCCCCAAAGGGGAGGAAAGGGCCAGGCAGCAGAGUGAUCGCUUGGCCUUAGCCAGACCCAGCUUCAAGUAGGCCCACUGCCCACACAGACGAGGUAAAUAACAGUGGCUCCAGGAGUACCCUACUGUUUUCAGAACCCUGGGAACUGAGACACUAGUGUUUUCAGAGUCCCUCUCUUUCCCUUGAGGGCAGUAGAAUUAGGAUCACAGAUGGGCACUUAUAAGGGAGAAUGGUAGGAAAUAGGGUCUGUCCUGGUGAACCCUAGUGAGCCUAAGGGCUCCUGUCUCACCCUGGCCUUCUGCCAUCCUCCUUUCACAUCGUUUCCUCUGUCACAGCCUCCCUCAGGGCAAGAGCUCCUAAGGGACAGGGCUUGAUCCCAUUGGUUUUUACCUUCAGUGCCCAAUCACCAUAAAUGAUCUGGAAUUGGCUCAAACACCAGUUCCUACUUCCUACUGGGCAGACUGGGAGAAGCCAGGCAGUUCAAAUAAGGCUGGGCCAGAUGUUAUCACGUGUUCCUUCCAGGAACACCAAGGUCAGUUAAUUCAAGGUUCUUAAAAUUCAUCCAAGGGAGUAAGGAAAGAAAGAAGAAAAGGAAGGAAGCCAGCUAGAGUCGGAGAACUCACUAUACUCAGGCUACUCAGGAAGCAGACAGCAGAGCCUUGCUCUUCCCAGGAAGACUGAGGAGCUCUCCGCCCGGCCUGGCCUUGGCAGCAGGCAGAUUCAAGGUACCAGCAUUGCAGGAUGAGGCACAGGCACAGGCUCACUCUUGCUGACAUCUGUGUUGUCCUGGCCACACCCGGGGCUCUAGGACCAGCCUUGCAUUGGUGAGAACUGCUCCCCAGGAUGGGUGGGGGUGAGUGGGAAGGAGAGAGAGGAGAUAGGGAGGAGUCCUCUGAAUUACCGUGGGCCUUCCUUGGCUCCAAAGUGAAAGAUAAUUUGGACCUUUAAAGUGAGCUGCCAGAGGAAUGCUGGGUUGCCCGUGGCCUCGCCUCCCCCAUCUCUCAGAGUGGAACUGCCCAGGCCCUUUGGCUGCCCCAGGGACCUCUUCUUUAGUGUCCUCCUCCACCCCAAGUCCAAGGCUAAUGCCUUCCCAGGACCUCACCCAUGCUUGGCCGCACUUCCCUGGCAUCUGACACCAGGAAAAUGUGAGAGAGGCUGCUUCUCCAGGUCCCCUCCUGUCUGAUGUCCUAGUCACCAGCUUGUCCUGCUCCUGUAGGGACGUUUCCAGUCAUGCCGCCUCUGGGCUGCUGGAGAGCUCUCUGCACCUGUCUGGAGCCUCACCUGCAGAAUUCUGGCAGGAGGCAGCUCUGUGUUCCGGAGCCAAGGCCUGGCAGGGCAGGGCUGGAACAGGAAUUAGGCCUUAGUCACAGCUGCUUCCUGCCACUUACUACAUGAGGAGUCUUUUAAAGCCUAUAACUUUCUAGUACCCAGGAGUCCUCAUGGGAUAUGGGAAGGGGCAGGGCAAGGGGGAAGACGUAGGAAAGGACGGCCAAACAACCCAGAGCUAAGAGCCUGUGCCAGAGCUGGCCUUACUUUCUUGCAUCUGAGAACUCUCCUCUUCAUCAUUUGUGGCCAUUUGGGUCCCUGACUCACUGGACAGUGGCACUGAUAACUCCAAACAGGUUACAAAAAGGCCUUUUGUCUCCCAGAUCCCAGGAGCUGCGGCCAAGCCAGCAAGCAGGUGUAGGAGUUCCCAGCAGGCUGUGUGCUCAGGGCAGCUCAGAAGAGCACCAGUGGAUGGGCAAGCACAACACGGAAGCUGAGGCUUGGAGAGAGGGUGGAGCCAGGGACAUGGGGGUGCAGCCUCCAGCUCUGGUGCAGGUCUUCUCAGAGGUGCCUCUGCAGUCUUCCCUAACACACUCACUCACUUAUCAGAUGUUCAUGAGGUAUUCUCUUUGCAGGCUCUACACUGGCCCCUGGGAAUACAAAGAGGAAUUAAGCACUGUUCUCAACCAAAGUAGCUCACAGUCUAGUGGGAGAGAUAGUCCCAAAGCUAGAGUUAACAGUGCAGUGUGGAGGCUGCCAUGAUGAGGAAGGCCUAAGGCAGCUCUGGGGCAGGUGGGGGACAAAAGAAGGCCUCCUGGAGGAGUCACUCCUGAGCUGGACCCUGAAGGAAGAGAUAGGAGUGAGUGGGCAAAAGGCAUUAGAAGCAAAGGGAACAGCAUGUGUAGACCCAAGAGACCAUGCUCUCUUCAGGAAACUGGAGGUGUGCUGUGUGGAUCAAGCAUGGCACAAUGAGGGUGGUGUGUCAGAGCAUGCUGCCUAAUACCUUCAAUGCUGUGGCCUGUGCAUCCUCUUCCUGGUGUUGGAUGAAGGCUGGAGACACCCCAUCCACUGUCCAGAGGGCGAAGGCCUGGGGUCUGGAGAGGACAGGACAGGUGAGAGGCAGAGCCUCCCAUCCCCAUCCCUCAGGCCCUGCCCUCCUGCCUUGGCCAGUCUCACCCACUGCACCUCAGCAGGCCACAGAAGCCCCUGGGAACUGCCUCCCAACCCACUUUGCUGCCUCCUCUUCCUCCUCCCCACUCCUAAAACCGGAAAGCCAGCCUCGCUGCUGAGCAUCUCUGACUGGUCAUCAAUUCAUUGAGGCCCUGGGGCCUAGGCUGGGUGGGUGUGGGGUGGUCCCAGCCUAGCAGUGGGGAGAGGAUAGGGCUGGGAGUGGGUCCCUGGACAGCCUUGACACAGCACUUACCCUCCAGCUGUACUUCAGUCCCUGGGAAGAGAGGGAGGAGGGCAGGAUCUAAGAGGCCAGCCAGGGCCCCACAUUCAAGCACAGGGAGACUGAGUCCCUGAUUUUAGAGAGACAACAUGGCUUAAGAGGGGAAAGUGGCUUAGGCCUUGGAGUUACACAGAUGUGGGUUUAAGUUUAGACCCUCACUUACUAGUGGGCUACCUUAGGCACUAAAUCUAACCUCCUCAGAUUUAGUGUCAUUAAUACAGUAGAUGAGGAGUGCUGUGCAUCUUUCAGGGUUAUUUUUAAAAUUAGAUAAGAUGAAAUCUAGCUGGGCGCGUUGGCUCAAGCCUGUAAUCCCAGCAUUUUGGGAGGCCGAGAUGGGUGGAUGACGAGGUCAGGAGAUCGAGACCAUC